AUGGCUCGCUUUUCCUCCUCCUUCCGCCAAUCACUUUUCAAAACCACAUUGACAGCCUUGAAGAGACAGCGAGACAAGACACUUAGAGGCUUAUUUAUAACGGCGGUCACGUCGGCCGCUAGGAGCGAGCAGCACUACAAGAUCACCCACAAGUCCGCGGUCCAGACCAUCAAGUGCGCGGAUAUCCCGGCUCCUGAUCUAGAAAAACUAGACAAAAGCGCCAACCAAACUGCUCGGUUCCGGGCUGCCAUAUUUGGCGGCUCUGUCGCUGUCGUGACACUGGGUGCUUGCUUCGGGAUCGCCACUUAG